GCUCAUCAUGUCUUCUAUUCUUGGGAAGAUGAAGAAAUUAGGCAGUUCUGACACGGAGGAAUCUGAAGUGACAAAUGAACACACGGAUGGGGAAGACUCCACUGUGGAAAUGCCUGACAGCCUCCAGGGUACAUUAAGCACCAAGGUGCAGCCACCCAAAAGCAACAUCUUUGCAAGACGUGGGAGGUUUGUGAUGGGGGAUAGUGACAAGGACAUGGCACCCAUGGACUCCUUGUACCAGAUGGAUCACCUGUUGGCACCUUCUGUCAUCAAAUUUCAUGCCAAUUUGGAAAGGGGGAAACUUCACAAGCUCCUAUGUACAGAUUCCAUCACAGGCUGCUCAGAAAAGGCUUUCAAAUUUUAUGACCGCAGAAGGAUCUUUGAUGCUGUAGCCCAAGGCAACACAAGGGACCUGGAUGAUCUGCUACUCUACCUUAAUAGAACCUUGAAGCAUCUCACAGAUGAUGAGUUCAAAGAGCCAGAAACUGGGAAAACCUGUUUACUGAAAGCUAUGCUGAAUCUACAUGAUGGGAAAAAUGACACCAUUCCCUUGCUGCUGGAUAUUGCAAAGAAAACUGGAACUCUGAAAGAGUUUGUUAACGCCGAGUAUACGGACAGCUACUACAAGGGCCAGACUGCACUUCACAUCGCCAUUGAGAGAAGGAACAUGUACCUGGUGAAGCUCUUGGUUCAGAAUGGAGCAGAUGUUCAUGCAAGAGCCUGUGGGGAGUUCUUCAGGAAAAUCAAAGGGAAACCUGGCUUUUAUUUUGGGGAGCUGCCUCUGUCCCUGGCUGCCUGCACCAACCAGCUCUGCAUUGUGAAAUUCCUCCUUGAGAACCCCUAUCAGGCUGCCAACAUCGCUGCUGAGGACUCCAUGGGCAACAUGGUCCUGCACACGCUGGUGGAGAUUGCAGAUAAUACUAAGGAUAAUACCAAGUUUGUUACCAAGAUGUACAAUAACAUAUUGAUCCUUGGUGCCAAAAUUAAUCCAAUCCUGAAGCUAGAAGAACUCACCAACAAGAAAGGGCUCACACCAUUAACUCUGGCAGCCAAAACAGGGAAGAUAGGGAUUUUCGCUUACAUCCUCAGACGAGAGAUCAAAGAUCCGGAGUGCAGACACUUGUCUAGGAAGUUCACUGAAUGGGCUUAUGGACCUGUCCACUCAUCCCUUUAUGACCUGUCCUGUAUAGACACAUGUGAAAAAAAUUCAGUGCUUGAGAUUAUUGCCUACAGCAGUGAAACCCCAAACCGUCAUGAGAUGCUGCUGGUGGAACCCCUUAACAGGCUGCUACAAGACAAGUGGGACCGGUUUGUCAAACACUUAUUUUACUUCAACUUCUUUGUCUAUACUAUGCACAUCAUCAUCCUCACUGCAGCAGCUUACUACAGACCUGUAGAGAAGAAGGAGAAGCCUCCCUUCACAUUUGGUCACAGCACUGGGGAAUAUUUUCGAGUGACUGGAGAGAUCUUGAGUGUACUGGGAGGUCUCUAUUUUUUUUUCAGAGGGAUACAGUAUUUCGUGCAGAGGCGCCCAUCAUUCAAGACACUGAUAGUUGACAGCUACAGUGAGGUUCUUUUCUUUGUUCACUCCUUGCUGCUUCUGAGCUCUGUGGUGCUGUACUUCUGUGGCCAGGAACUGUACGUGGCUUCCAUGGUCUUUUCCUUGGCGCUGGGCUGGGCUAACAUGCUGUACUACACCCGUGGCUUCCAGCAGAUGGGCAUUUACUCUGUCAUGAUUGCCAAGAUGAUCCUUAGAGAUUUAUGUCGCUUCAUGUUUGUCUAUCUAGUAUUCCUCUUGGGAUUUUCUACAGCUGUGGUGACUUUAAUUGAAGAUGACAACGAGGGUCAAGAUACAAAUAGCUCUGAAUAUUUCCGAUGUUGCCAGGUGAAACGAGGCCGCACAUCCUACAACAGUCUGUAUUAUACCUGCUUGGAGCUCUUCAAGUUCACUAUUGGGAUGGGGGACCUGGAGUUCACAGAGAACUACAGGUUCAAGUCAGUGUUUGUCAUCCUUUUGGUUCUUUAUGUCAUCCUUACAUACAUUCUCCUGCUCAACAUGCUUAUUGCACUGAUGGGGGAAACUGUGAGCAAAAUUGCACAGGAGAGCAAGAGCAUCUGGAAACUCCAGAGAGCCAUCACAAUCUUGGAUAUUGAGAACAGCUACUUGAACUGUGUGAGGCGCUCGUUCCGGUCUGGGAAGCAAGUCUUGGUAGGGGUCACACCCGAUGGCCAGGAUGAUUACAGAUGGUGUUUUAGGGUUGAUGAAGUGAACUGGUCCACGUGGAAUACUAAUCUGGGCAUAAUCAAUGAAGACCCUGGGUGCUUUGGGGACCUCAAACGAAAUCCCAGUUACUCUAUUAAGCCUGGCAGAGUUUCAGGGAAAAACUGGAAAACACUGGUUCCACUUUUAAGAGAUGGAAGCCGGAGAGAAGAGACACAAAAACUACCAGAAGAAGUCAAAUUAAAACCUAUUUUGGAACCUUAUUAUGAGCCAGAAUAUUCUGAGACGUUGCAGGAAUCACUUCCAAAGUCAGUCUAAUCUUAUUUUAUUUUUAACAAGGUUAAUUGUAGUUGCCUGUGUUGGUCCUCACAAGCAGGACAAUUCACUUCAUUCAUAAGAACAGGGAU